AUGGGGACAGUCCGUCUGAAGAAAAGAGUAACCCAAAGAUGUCCCCCACCCUGGACAAGAGGAAGAAGCGGAGACACAGGACAGUUUUCACAGCACACCAACUGGAAGAGCUGGAGAAGGCGUUCGGCAAGGCCCACUACCCUGAUGUGUAUGCCUGGGAAAUGCUGGCUGUGGAAACAGAGCUCCCUGAAGAUCGAAUACAGGUCUGGUUUCAGAACCGGAGGGCCAAGUGGCGCAAGCGAGAGAAGCGCUGGGGCGGCAGCAGCGUGAUGGCUGAGUACGGGCUCUAUGGGGCCAUGGUGCGCCACUGCAUCCCGCUGCCCAACUCCGGGCUCAACUCCGCGGAGGAGGGCCUGCGGGGCUCCUGCACGCCCUGGCUUCUGGGGAUGCAUAAAAAAUCCACAGGGAUGAUAAGGAAACAAGAUAAGUUUGAGGGACUCUGGAGCUCUGACCUUCUCAAAGAAGACUCUAGCAGGUGUCAGGAAGGACCCCAGAGCAGCUCAGACAAAAACAGCCUGAGUCCUGAAAACAGCUUGGAAGACAUGGCCAUUGAUCUGUCUAACUCUGCCCGACAAGAGAUCAAGAAAGUGCCCCUAGGCUCCAGUGCUCAAAGUUGUUCUCCUGCUGUGGGCCUGCAGGCCCUCCAGCCCUUGAAGGUUGGGGCCUCAUGAGAAGACCCACAGGUCCUAUCCACAAAGGUUGGAAAUGCGCAUGUUUCUCACAGGCAUUUUUCAGAAGACAGAAGUGGUCCAAGACAAAUACCUUCAGUUCCAUUUUCUUCCUAUGGCAUCUGGGGAAAAAAACAUAACACUACUACUUUAAGAAAAUAAAUGGAUGACUUAGGGAAAAAUUCCAUUUAAUUCUAGAAUGGAGAACAUUCUUAAAAACCACUUGAACCACUUGAAUUUGAUGUAAACUUUUGAUUGUCCUUUGUAGAAUUUGAGCAGGGAAGAUUUGAAAUUUAAAAGACAUUUUUAGGGCUGGGGCAUAAUUUAGCUCAGUUAGUAGACUGCUUGCCUAGCAUGAAGAAGGCCUGAAUCCAAUCCCCAGCACCACAUAAACCAGAUGUGGUGGCGCACACCUGUAAUCCCAGCACUAGGGAAGUGGACAUGAGAGAUCGGCUGUUCAAGAUCAUCCCAGUCUGAGGCCAGCCUGGGCUACAUAAGACCCUAUCUUAAAAAAAAGAAGACAUUAUUACUGUCUGGCAUCACUUGAGGUGUGGUUCAAUAAUUAAUAUUGGUCUAGUUUGACAUCCUCAUUCUAAAUCAGAAAAUUUUGUUUUGUUUUAUUGAGACAGACAUGGUCUUGCAGUGAGCCUAGACUGGCUUCAAACUUCUGAUUUCCUGCGUCAGCCUAUUAGUGCUAGGCACGUGCCAACAUACCCAGAAGAAAAUAGAAUUGUUUUCCUUCCAAGAGAGUCAGAUGUCUUGACAGUGAAGUCUCCAUGUAGACAAAUGAAUGGAUUAUAUAUUAUCUUUUCACUAAACUUGGUCUUGGACAUUUCAGUUUUCAUGUUAGGCUGUAACUUUCUGUUCUGAGUGGUA